AUGGACACUCCACAAGUUACUGUGCUCCUUCUUGGUGACGCCGAAUGCGGCAAGUCCACGUUCUUGUCACGUCUCAGCCUUGGUGUACAGCCACACAAUAACGACCUUCCACCGUAUGCGCUUCCAACGCUUCGCGACACGGAUCAACCAUUCGAAUUCGAUAUUUCGCUCUACGGACGACCCUACAAGCUCCGCUUUUACGAUACCAAAAGUCCUGAAAACUAUACGCUGCUACGUCCACAAUUCGUGAUACUCUGCUAUGACAUAACUUCGCGCGCCUCCCUUGAAUCGCUCACCAAGACGUGGCUCCCCAUCGUGAAUGGUCACUUCAACUACGACGAGAACCUUCCGGUCAUGGUCCUGGGUCUGAAGCGUGACUUGCGUAAGCAAUGGACACUACAAGAAGUCGGCGAAGACAAGAAAGGCAGAGGGCCAAGCGUCAUGCCUCACGAGGGCGUGCAAACCGCGCAGCGGAUGUUGUGCGAUCACUACGCUGAAUGCAGCGCUCUGACGGGCGAGCUGUGCCGUGAGGUUCUGCAAGACGUCGCCAAGACUUGCGCAAAGACGACAACCGCAGAUGGAGCGAAGAGUGGAGGCGUGCUCUCCGAGUGUGUCGUCAUGUAA